GGGCGGGCAGGGCGUGGGCGCUCCGGCCCGCAGAACUUUCUCAGUGGAGCCCCGGGAGGUGCGGUCGGCGCCCGCAUCCCCUUCCCACCCCAAGAUCUUCAGGUGCGAGCGGAGCGCUUCCCACCCGCAGCAUCCUCAGUUCAACUCUGCAGGCGGAGGGGACCCUCUUCCAACAGAGAACCCCACGAUGACUCUGAAUAAUGUCACCAUGCGCCAGAGCACUGUGGGCAUGCAGCCGCAGCAGCAGCGCUGGAGCAUCCCGGCGGAUGGCAGGCACCUGAUGGUCCAGAAGGAGCUCCAUCCCUACAACCACCGCCACCACCACUCUGCCGCCCCCGAGGACCCCUGUCGUAGGAGCUGGUCUUCCGACUCCACAGACUCUGUCAUCUCCUCCGAGUCAGGAAACACCUACUACCGGGUGGUGCUUAUAGGGGAGCAGGGGGUGGGCAAGUCCACCCUGGCCAACAUCUUUGCAGGUGUGCACGACAGCAUGGACAGCGACUGCGAGGUGCUGGGAGAAGACACAUAUGAACGUACCCUAAUCGUUGAUGGGGAAAGUGCAACAAUUAUCCUUCUGGACAUGUGGGAAAAUAAGGGGGAGAAUGAAUGGCUCCAUGACCACUGCAUGCAAGUCGGGGAUGCCUACCUCAUUGUUUACUCCAUCACAGACCGAGCAAGCUUUGAGAAGGCAUCUGAGCUUCGAAUCCAGCUUCGCAGGGCCCGGCAAACAGAGGACAUUCCUAUAAUUUUGGUUGGCAACAAAAGUGACUUAGUGCGAUGCCGGGAAGUGUCUGUAUCAGAAGGGAGAGCGUGCGCUGUGGUUUUUGACUGCAAGUUCAUUGAGACCUCUGCAGCUGUCCAGCACAACGUGAAGGAGCUGUUUGAGGGCAUUGUCCGGCAGGUCCGCCUCCGCCGGGACAGCAAGGAGAAGAAUGAGCGGCGGCUAGCCUAUCAGAAAAGACGGGAGAGCAUCCCCAGGAAAGCCAGGCGCUUCUGGGGCAAGAUUGUAGCCAAAAACAACAAGAACAUGGCCUUCAAGCUCAAGUCCAAAUCCUGCCAUGACCUCUCUGUGCUCUAGGCACGCAGCAUCAUGCGGAUGUUCUCCUGCUGGACGUCGUCGCCGCGGGCCGUUGGGACCAAUAAUCUAUAUUAGAUUGGUACUUAAGUCUUGUUAGAUACGGCUUCCCCCAUUGCAGUUGGGAACUAACGUGAUCCUCACGGGCAACAAAGUGCAUGGGAAACAAAAGAUCUUUGUCAAGAGUCAGGAUUUAUUCAUAGGGAAAACCUGGCUUUGCUACUUGGACUGCCAGGACUCAUUAUAGGAUGUGUUUUGGGUUCAUGUGAGUUUUCCUCCUCUCUUUUGGAUAAUAGAGAAUUGAAGCUUACGAAAGAAAAGAAGAAUACCUAGGAAAGUAAUUUUUCCAUAAUUAAACUUUUAUCCAGUAUUCUUAUAGGCAAAUGGGCAUAAGUAUAGCAAAGGUGCCAAAAGGUUUAUAGAAGGAGGAGAACUUUCUUUUUGGUCAGUCGUGGGGGCUUGAACUCUGGCCUGGGCACUGUCUCUAAGCUCUUCAGCUCAAGGCUAGC